ACUCUUUCGCUUACUGGCCAGCACUCUACUGAGACGUAUGUCCAACCCUAAGAAAAGUCUUAUUAAUUAAAGAUGAUGGGCAGACAUUACUAAAGUUCCAUAUCCUCAAAUGAUUGUUCCUUUGUCCCCUAUAUACUUUUCCUUUAUAGCACUGACUUAACAAGGGAUAGAUAUAAAGGAACAUCCCAGUACAAUUGUAGUAACAAUGAAAACGUGUUAAUAAUAGUACAAUACAAAAGCAUGUUUGGGAACAUACAUAUAUGUUUUGCCUAAAGUUUCAGAAAUAGUAGUAGGAGGGUAGUGUAAUGGUUAUAAAUUACUUAGCUUUUAAACUGGCAUUGAUUGUAGGUGUAUUCCAUAACUUAUUCAAGAUUUAGGUUAUUAAUUGGUCCUAAUCAAAAAAGGCAAAUAGGAUACAACUUGUAAUCCUUACUAGAUUCUUAGAUCUGGAGGAUUGAAGCCAACCCUAGCAGAAGUCUGCAAGACUCCAGUCUCCUAUAGACCAGCAAAAGGUUGGACUGGAGGACUGGUUCAGAUGGUUGAACAUCAGCCUAAUAGAAGAAAGUGGAGUGAAGACACCGAAUUAAAGGCUCAUAAAGUUUUGAGUUAGAUUAUGAGAAUACUUUAGUGAAUGUUUAUCAGUCUAAUUAUCUUUGUAACUUUUUUAGGCUUACAGAUACUUUAUACACUCUUACAAAAUGUUGCACAAGAAGAAGCUGCAGCUCAGAGUUUCUAUCAGACUUAUUUUUGUGAUAUUCUUCAGCAUAUCUUUUCUGUUGUAACAGACACCUCACAUACUGCUGGUUUAACAAUGCAUGCGUCGAUUCUUGCAUAUAUGUUUAAUUUGGUUGAAGAAGGAAAAAUAAGUACACCAUUAAAUCCUGGAAAUCCAGUUAACAACCAAAUGUUUAUUCAGGAAUAUGUGGCUAAUCUUCUUAAGUCUGCAUUCCCUCAUCUACAAGAUGCUCAAGUAAAACUCUUUGUGACUGGGCUUUUCAGCUUAAAUCAAGAUAUUCCUGCUUUCAAGGAACAUCUGAGGGAUUUCUUAGUACAAAUAAAGGUAUCUAUUUUUUUGCAGGAGUAAAAACAAUAAGUCUAAGUGUAAACAUUUAAUUUUAUCAGUACUAGUCAUUUGAGCUGGGUGGCUGGCAUCUCACACUGGUAAUCCUAGCUUACUGGG